AUGGGUGCAUCGUGUUGUGGUACCAAAAACGUUAUAUCAAGUAAAAAAGCAAAAGUGAAACAAAAAGACAAGGAUAAAGUCAAAGGGAAAGAUAAAAAAGUGAUUAAACAAAUUCAAAGGAAAGAGUUACAGAAACCUACUGAUUCGAAUGUAAUUGUUCAUCCUUUUUACGGCAAGUCAUCAUCAUUAUAUCAUUUAGAUGAAAAUAAUACAAAACCAUCAUCAAAAACUCCUCAAGAACUAAAUGAAGUGCUAGCAGUUCAAAAUCGUCAAUUGCGUGAACAGAAUAAAUUCAAUGACAAUACAAUUUUUGAUAAUGUAACAUUCACACAAGUAUCACAACAACAACGAAAAACGAGUACAAUAUCAACAGAAAGUGAAAUUGAGAGAGAACAACUAGUGCGACAGAGACCAUCUAUGUUCGAUUCGAGUCAUCGUAGCACUAUGAAUCAAGAUAUUGAUCACAUACAAUCGGAUGAUAAUAUUAAAAAUGUUCAAACAUUGAAUGAAUUGAAAUUAUCGGUUAAAGAAAACAAUAAACAAACAUCAGUUGUUUUAUUUCAUGGGAAAUAUUGUCCAUAUUCUCGAAAAGUAAUACCUGUUUUCAGAAAAUGGGCUCGUUUAUAUAAAGAUCGUGUUCAUCUAUAUGAAGUUGAUGUUGAAAAUGCAAAAACGCUGUUGGAUUAUUAUCACGUAAGAGAAAUACCAGCAAUAAUGUGUUUCACCGACAAUAAUUUAGAUCGACCAAUAUGGAAACGUGUUGCCAUGAAUGUAUCAGAGAGUGAAACAAUACAUAAGAAAAGUAGUUUUGAUGGAUUAUUAUCAAGUUUUGAUUUAGCUAUUAGAAGUGUCAGUGAUAACGAUCAUACAGAUGUUGAUGAACAGCACGCAGAACUAUCAACAAUCAGUACGUCACUCGUCGUUUAUAAUAAUAAAGUAAAUAGAUUAUCAGGUCAAAAAUUUGAUGAUGAAAAUAAUAUGAUCAUCGUUAUGGAUUCAAAUGGAGCAGAAAAAAAACAUAUUUUACAUAUAUUACAAACACAGUCAGACGAUGAAAAAGAAUAUUAUUUACUCAUAUUAGAUAAUGGAGAAAUAUUACCAUCACAAUCAAAACUCAUCUUAACCGUUACUAAUGAGACUGGCGAAGAAGAAUAUUUGAAAGCAAUAUCCGAAUCGUCACCCAUUCAAUCAAAAAUGAAUGAUUUUUCGACUGAAAAAAAUAGUCUGAAUACGGAUGAUAGAACAGAUGUAGUGUCAUCAAGACUAUCUUUAAAUUUACCAAAUAAUCAACCACGACAGUAUAGCAAUAUGUCCAAUAAAACCGAACAAAGCAAUCGAUAUGAUGAACGAUUUUUAACACCCAUAACCAGCAUAAUGUUACUAAAUGACGAAGAUCAUUUUGCUCAAGAUGAAACACAAUCGCAAAUUAAGAAAUUGAACAACGAUGUUCAGCAACCGGAUAAUGAAGAUGCAACGUUAUUUUAUAUUUCAUAUUUUAUGAAUUCAGAUGAAAUAAGAUACGAAGGCUAUUCAUUACCAAAAACAAAUACGAAUAAUUAUCUUUAUCACAAACAACAAAAUACUGAUAAAAAUCGUCAUUUAUCUAUACAAUUUAGUGAUGAUAAUUCAUUGUUUAACGCUCGUCCAAUGUCAAUAACAGCCUAUAAUGAUGGUAGAUGGAAAGAUCAACAUACUCUGUCAGAAAAUGAUGAUGCUAAUAGUACUAAAUAUAAAAACGGUGAACAAAAUGUUUCCGUUGUCUAUAUUGCACCUAAAAAGCAACAUGGUAUUGAUGAUGACCAAAAUAUAUUGAUGACACAUGAACUUAUGAAUCAUCCAUUAAAAAUUGAUCACUCUCAGAUAUCAGUUAUGACAUUAAAAUCGGUACCAAAUUCAUUACUUGAAUUACCAACCGAUGAAAAUCAAUUGAAAGAAUAUUAUACAAUAUUAGAUAAUUGUGUAUAUUAUAGUGGAUGGACAACAAAACAAAGUUUAAAUCCAAAUUGUACUGUUUAUUUAACAAAAUCAAGUAUAGGAGUAUCAAAUUCAAACGAUAAAGUCUAUUAUAUCUAA